CAUUUUGCUUUCGCUAAGCUACAAGUGCACCACGUCAUUUAGUUGUCCGUAUCUUAACAAAACGAAGUCUAGCAAACAAAAGCAGCGAGACGUAUUAUUAAACUGUAGAUCUCAUUAAAAACUUACCUAACGAUCGUUAAUUAUUUUUUUUACAAUGAGCAAAAUACGCUCCGGUGUGAAGUAACUGCGUGUGAACUGUGGUGACUGGUGGUCUUAUAUUUACGAAUCGUCAUUUCAUAGCAUCGGUGUUGUCGACGGCACAAAACUGUAUAAUUACUGUGUUAUAAAACCUGUGAGAUGUUGGGGAAGAAUAUUAGUUAAUAAAUUGGACUUUUACGACUCAUUGGACUUAUUGCGAAUGUGUAUUGAAACGUUUAUCGCUAUCCACGGGCGCACUGCUAUGCGCCACGAUUUGGUCCACUUUAUAAGGCAUACAUCUUCAGAUCACUAUUGCGAAGGAGCCCUUUAGUUGCUGGAACUGGUCGCUGUUCAUGGCGUUACUCAGUAUCAGGGGCGACUGGUACUUAUUUUUGUGGAUUAUAUAUUGCAAAAUCUACUCGGCAAUUAUAAGGCUGGUUGGCAAUCACUGCCACGGCGGUGAUAAGGCUCGAUCCGUGAUAAGCGCCGGCGGCCAGUCGUCAGGAGGCCUCCACAGAGUGCGCACGCGUCGCAGGAAACAUCGUGUGAAGCACACAGUUGCACUAGUGAGGAGACCUUCCUUGAGAAAGAUAGUGAUGGCACCAGGAGCGAGUCCAGUUCAGGCAAUGAUGGAGGACAAGGAGAAAGCACUGCACUGUGCUCUUGCGAAUGUGUCACUCCGUACAAGGCGCGUCAGCCAGUUUGCCCCGUUAUUGAUCGCGCUGGUGGGGCUACCUGCGCGCGGUAAGAGUCAGCUAGCUCAUCGCCUCUCCCGACAUCUUAACUGGAAUGGAGAGAGCACUAAAGUAUUCGACUGCAGUGAAUAUCGGCGACGUCACAUGGCCCUGUACGGCACUCACGACAUCUUCAGGGCGGAUAACCAGCAGGGUUCAGCUAUACGCCGCCAGAGUGCGCAAGAGGCGGUACAAGACGCAGUUCUUUGGUUGAAGGAGGGAAAUGGUGUUGCUAUAUUCGAUGGAACUAACAUUACUCGCGACCAACGCAGAGAAUUGAAUGAAUACGUCUCCGAAAUGGGGUUCAGAAUUCUGUUUAUCGAAUGCGUUUGCGAAGACCAAAACCUUCUAGAGAGAAACAUCAUUGAAAUUCUACACUACUCAGCUGAUUACAAGACAAUGAGCGAAGAGGAGGCCGUAGAUGACUUGAGGAAGAAAUUGGAACAUUACAUGAGACAGUACGAGCCAAUUGAUGGCACGGUGGAGAACAUAGGUUUUGUGAGGGUGGAGGAUAUGGGGGAGAUUGUCACUGCGCACAAGGUGGCCGGGCAAAAGGAGUCGGGCAUACUCGGAUACUUGUCUGGGAUGCGAGCUUUUCCACAGACCAUAUAUUUUACCCGGCAUGGUGAGAGCGAAUACAACGUCCUGGGCCGCAUCGGUGGUGACGCGAACCUGUCCCCACGUGGUGAGCGGUACGCUCACGGAUUGGCUGAAUAUAUCAAUAGGAUAGCAGGGCAUGAACCAAUGGCGGUAUGGACUUCGGAAAUGAGGCGCACAAUGCAGACAGCAGCUGAAAUUAUGGCCCCGAAGAGAGCUGUCAGGGCGUUGAAUGAGUUGGAUGCGGGCAUUUGUGAGGGUCUAACAUAUGAAGAGAUGCAAGAACGAUUCCCACAAGAGUUCGCCUGGCGUGAUCAGGACAAAUUGCGGUACAGAUACCCGUGGGGGGAGUCCUAUAUUGACAUUAUGACUCGACUGAGGCCAGUUCUCUCUGCUCUAGAGGAUGAAGAUCACGUGGUGGUGGUGGGGCAUCAGGCGGUGUUGCGAUGUAUGCUGGGAUACUUCCUGGAUGCUAAGCUUGAUGAGCUGCCGUAUAUGACUGUACCGCUGCAUACAAUUAUUAAGCUGACAUCGUAUGGGUAUAAAUACAAGUUUGAAAUGAUCAAGCUGCCCGUAGAGUGCGUGGAUACACACCGCCAACAACCCAAGAAUUGUUCGAUAAGCAGAACAACUGCGGAUGCCUUGUUGACGGUUCCAUCCCACUAUGACACGCUACCAUCAAACCUCUGGCAGAAUCCGACAGAAGCACAACUUUAGGCUUCACUCGGCGCGGAUUAGCCGUGCGAGUGACGCUGUCUCAACAUUAAAGGCCUAUUUAGUAUGCCUCAUCAGGCCUCAAAUAUGGCCCAUUAGUUCGCGGUUGUGAAAAACCCCGAAUAGCAGUGAUUUAGACGCGUUAUUUCACAGUGAUUUUGUAGUGACUUUUCACAGUGAUUAACGCGUAAUGUCGCAGUGGUCGCACAAUGUGAAAGUGAAGACUGACGGUUAAUAUUUUGUGUCCCUUUCUUAGAAUUAUUUAGCAUUAUUUUUGUUUUACGUAUGUUUGAAGUAAUUCUGUAGUCUAGCAAUCGAAAGUUAAUUGUUAGAAAACGUAGGUACACCGUAAAAUUAAGGAUUUUGUUAUCACACUUGCUAGUAGUCAAGUAUUUAAUAUGACGCAUGUUAUCCAGUUAAAAUUAGUUUUAUAUUUACUUUAGUAACAUUUUUAUUUCGAGUAGACUAUUCGACUGAAGACUUGUAUGUAACGUCUUUAAAAAAAUAAAAAAAGAGGGUAGUCUCUCUUGAGUUAUACCCGCAUUAAAAGAUAAGUGGAUCUGAGUACGUACUAGUGGUAUUUUCUAAGAUUAUGGACAUCUUGCAUUUGCCCGAACUGCCGGCUUUCAGCAAUUUUUAUGUUAGGACGAUGUUUUUAAUAUUAAGUUUACUUUGGAUGUAAUGGAGUAUUUUUAAAUAAUUCCUAUCACAUGACAAUUACAACCUAUUGUACUUAGACUCUUACAAUAAAGAAUAUGGUAUUAA